CACGGUCCAAAAUCCAACCAGCAAAGUUUUCAAAAAAAAAAAUCCAACCAGCAAGGCAUCACGAGCAUGUCCGCGAUUAAAGCCAAGGUCGAGAAUGCCGCCUCGUCCGCCAAGGCAGGCACGGAGAAGGCCAUGGCCGCCGCCGGCGAGAAGGUGGAGAAGGCGACGACGAGAGACCCGAUGAAGAAGCGGGAGGCCGAGGAGCGGAAGCUGGAGAUCGAAUCCGACGAGAGGGUCGAGAAGGCUGGCCAUGGCCCCGAGAAGACCGCCACGCGCACUGUGGAGGAUCGGAGUAGGCCGUAGGCACCAACACGACCCACAAGCAACCACGGCAGCACGCCGGCGGCGCUGCCCCGAGUGGAACGAGCACGGACCAUACGACCUGUUGUGUGCCAUAGACAUAUAUCGCCAUUACUAAUAUUAUUAUAUUCAUCAUGAGUGUAUCAUGAUAGUAUGUUUAAUUUA